UGUUAUGGAAACGCUUUGGCUGCAUUGAGAAGCCAGUAGAUUCAACAUGGCGCUCCCCGGGACUGUUCGUCGGCAGUUAGAUUCUAUGACACGCAACAUAUUCAGUGAUGUAAGGAGAACUGUGCCCAAAAAGAGCGAAGUGACUGAGAGCAGCGAGGUUGACAUUGUCUCCAGUUUGCCGCUGCAGAUGUCGCUCUACUUCAACACAUUUUAUUUCCCGUUCUGGUGGAUCUGUGAUGUUCUAGCGCUUCAAUUAAAGUACAGUCUCCUCCCAGAUCACUACAAAUUCAUUCUUGUGACUCUUCUGAUCCUGAUGUCUUUGAUUGAAGUCAUUCGAUUGUACCUCGGAUACAGUGGAAACCUGCAAGAAAAGGUUCCUGAACUAGCUGGAUUUUGGCUGCUCAGCAUCCUAUUGCAGUUGCCGCUUCUACUUUUUCUUCUAAGUGAUCCUGGCGUGGAACCGUUGCCACUUGAACGAGCGUCACAUGGAAUUCUGACGGCAUUCUUGCUCUUUCAAAUCCCUGUGUCGUCACUUACUCUACGGAAGACCACCAGACGUCUUGCUGGGAGGUUUCACCAGCUCGGAAACUUGGGUGAACAUGCGUAAAUGGUCCCAAUCAGGGUGGAUGAGGUGGUCAAGCUCUGUUACUUCAAAAAUAACUGGUCUUGUAUGGUUACUUCAACAUCUUGUAAUUGUUCCUCGUAAUGAGAUAAAGGCACUUUAUGGGCAUCUUAUUGAUGUCCUUCUAUAUAGGCUUUAACUGGUGGGAGCUAUACUUCAAGGAUUUUUCCUUGUUCAGAUUAUUGAUUGUCUGUCAUCAGGCCAUCAAUAUCAGAUCUGUGCAGGUCCAUCUCUCAGAAUCCCCCCAAUCAGAUGUUUUAAGGGUCCGAAGCACUCAUGGUCAGUCUACCUGGAUGUGGUCUACAGAAGCAGUGGUGCUAAAUGUUGUAGCUUUGUCCUAUUCAAGUGCCAAGACUUGGACCCUCACCUGAUUCAACUUGUAAAGGGCAUUUAUUUUGAGGACAGCCCUAUCUGGCAAUUGCUUGCAUCCAAACGGCAGAUGAAAGAACAUUGUUGGUGAUGCUGAGAGCAUCUGACUUGCAGAUAGCAGCUCAUGGUGUUCUAUGUGCAAUUUUCAGCCGUGCCAGGCAUAGCGUACCUCCUUCCAAAUGCUGACGGUAUGAUCUGUUAGUCACCUCGAAGCUCCGUGACCUGCAGAAGUGCACUCUACC